CACAGGGCAAGACGUGCGCUGUCUCACAUCUACUCACUCACAACAGGGGUGUGCUGGAGUCUUUCGGGUGUCAGGUUCAGCCACAGGCUUACUUUUAGCCUGAAAAUGUUAACCAUUACCUUAACCAGACUGCAGACGACAACAAAAUCCACCGCAAGGAUCCGCUUCAAACCCAUUUGGGAGGCCGCUCUUCAUCACCAAGGAGCUGAUCUGUAUCCCUGUCUGGGACGUCCAUACUCCAGUUUUCGUGGACAGACUUCGCUACCUUUCUCGAAAUGGUUUCCCAGGUUUGUGUCGACCAGGCUAAUGUCGCACGGAACAGCAAAGGCGACAUCUGGCCGCUAUCGAAAAGGACUCUUCCUUGUGACAGGUGCUGCGACAGUGGCAGGGAUAUUGGCAGCUGGGGUCAGUCACUUCCAGAGAGCAGAGAUGGCAUCGAGGAUUAUCAUGCAGACCGAAACAGAUGAGGGAGAUAUAUUAGAAAGAUGUAAGUCAUUCAUGUCUGCCCCCGUCACGGACGUCGAAGUGUUGCAGCAGAGGAAAGACCAGAUGACAACAAGGAUGGAAAUGCUCAUCUUGGAAACACAGGCUGCUUUCUGCAAGGCCUUGGCCCAGGUGGAUGGCGGCACUUUCAAGGUGGAUAGGUGGCAGCGUAAAGAAGGUGGAGGGGGCAUCAGCUGUGUGUUACAGGACAGCAAGGUGUUCGAGAAGGCCGGUGUGAAUGUCUCUGUGGUGAUGGGGAACUUGCCAGAAGAAGCCGCCAAACAGAUGCGUAGCCGCGGGAAAGUGCUGAAGGCCAAAGAUGGAAAGCUGCCGUUUUGUGCCAUGGGCGUGAGCUCAGUCAUCCACCCAAAGAACCCCCACAUUCCCACAGUGCACUUCAACUACAGAUACUUUGAGAUCGAGGAGGCCGAUGGCACAAAACAAUGGUGGUUUGGAGGAGGUACUGACUUGACCCCAACAUACCUCGACCAAGAGGACGCUGUUCACUUCCACGCCACACUCAAGAAGGCCUGUGAUGAGCACCAUCCGCAGUACUACCCUGACUUCAAAAAAUGGUGCGAUCGUUAUUUUUACAUCAACCAUCGAAAUGAGCGGCGGGGUAUCGGUGGGAUCUUCUUCGAUGACCUGGACUCCCCGAGUCAGGAGGAGGCGUUUGCCUUCGUGAAGAGCUGUGCGCGCUCCGUGGUGCCUUGCUACCUGCCCAUCGUAUGCAAACAUGUCGACGACUCCUUCAGUCCUGAGCAGAAGGCCUGGCAGCAGCUCAGACGGGGCAGGUACGUGGAGUUUAACUUGGUGUACGACAGAGGGACAAAGUUUGGACUGGCUACACCAGGCUCCAGGAUCGAGAGCAUCCUCAUGUCCUUACCCCUGACAGCUAGGUGGGAGUACAUGCAUGAGCCACCCAAAGGCACCAAGGAGGCGGAAAUGAUGGAAGUCCUGCGUGAUCCAAAGGAAUGGGUGUAAACAUCGGACCGCUUGAUCACAGAGAAGAGCGAUGGAGAGAAAGAAGGAGAGAGAAUGUAUGAGUGAGUGACUGAGAGAGAGAAAGGGAGUGAGAGAGACUUGCACUUGCGUCCUUUAUAUUAUUUAUAAUAUAAAUUAUAAUUACCGGUAUCAUUAAAAAUAAAUAAUUUUUCUCUCCUCUCACUGAGCACGACUGACUCCUGGUCACGUCAGUCAUGGGAGAGUGCCUAAGGGAAAGAGGCCAUGCUGAAAGGGCAACAGGCUGUAGCUAUGCUGAUACUAGGCCGCAGUCUGUGACUCUUGCUUGACUCAGUGCCAAUACAUUGCUGAGCCAGCGAUGUGUUCAAAGCCCUACCCUGAUGACUGCAUCGGGGGUGUAUGGGGUGUGCUUCCGUUUCAACCCUGCCCCAGCCUGAAGCAUUCACCCUGGUUUACUAAGUGCACUGUCUAUGCAUGUUGUGGAAGUCAAAAUUGCAAAAUGUGAAUUGAUAAGAGGCACUUAAAAAUUAUGUCAAUUUCUUUGUGUCAAAUUGACCAGCCACUUAAAUAUUUUACUACAACAUGCGACUGGUGUGUGUUUCUGUCCCUGCUGUUGCCUAGUGUGAUUGUGUGUUGUUUACAUACCUUUCUGCUGCUUUACAUAUGACUACAUACCUGUGCUAAUGCUCCCUGUGACCACUUGUGCUUUUUGGUUUGAUGCUGUUUUGAUGCUCAAAGGCGUUUGAGUUUUGUUAUUCUCUGGGUACGAACACUUGAUGCUUUUUGCUAAAUCUUGCAACUGAUGAUGACAAAGGACUGGAUCCCCCUUCAUUUCUGCCAAAACAUAUUUGUUUGCUCAGCAAAAUAUACUGGGAAAGGGUUUCUUUCUGGAUCAACAUUUUUUUUACAAAAUACAUUUAAAAAAGUAAUUUGUAAUAAAGUUCUAUCUCAAAUUUUAA